AUCAGGGGAACUAUUUGCUAUUGAGACACAUUGGCUUAGUGUGUGGUAAGAUCCCCUCCUCCUCCCCUCAUAUACUCAGUUUGCGGGCUUAGUUGUGUUGCAGAGCACCUUCAGGGUGCACGAGAGGCAGCAGCAGAGAACCAUGUUCUUUGUCCUUGUUCGUUUUUAUUUAUUUUUAUUUCCAUCGCCUGUUUGCCGUACUAAGAGUUGAGGCGUGAAGCGGUGAAACAGGAGGAGCACAGACCGAACGGAAGCGAAUGACACUGAUGUCAGUCUGCCUUGUGAUUGGCUGGAGCGAUGGCAGGUACCAAGGUGGAGAAGCUCGAAGGAGGCAGAAGGCUACUGGGAGUCACGGCCCCGCUGGAAGGUGGCUGGGGCUGGAUGAUCGUCGCUGGCUGUUUCCUCGCCACCAUCUGCAUCCGGGCAGUGACCAGAUGUGUUUCCAUGUUCUUUGUGGAGUUCCAGCUGCACUUUGAGAAGGAUUAUUCGACCACCGCCUGGAUCAAUAGUCUGAUCGACGCCACCACCAUGCUCUGUGCUCCUCUGGGUGGUUUCCUUGGAAACCGACUCUCCUGCAGAGCUACAGUGAUUCUGGGAGGUCUGCUGUCCACUUCUGGUCUGAUCCUCAGCUCCUUCGCUUCAAGUCUGGAAUAUUUAUACAUCUCGCUGGGCAUCCUCCCAGGUCUUGGCUUUGCUCUUAGCUACACACCAGCUAUAGCGAUGGUUGGGAGGUACUUCAGUGAGAGGAAAGCUCUGGCCUAUGGCAUCGCCAUGUCUGGGAGUGGUAUCGGGACCUUCAUCUUGGCUCCUGCAGUCCAACUGCUUAUAGAGCAUUACUCCUGGAGAGGAGCUCUGCUCAUCCUAGGAGGAUUUGUUUCCAACCUGUGUGUCUGUGGUGCUCUAAUGAGGGAACCGAGAAGAAGUGAAGGGAUAUGGGAGAACAAAAUGGCAAACCUGGAGAAAGACUGUAUCGCAACAGCACUGAAUUCCAAAGACACUGAACAAGUGCCUGCUGACUGCAGCCAAGUGGAGGCAAAGAAGCUGGAAAUACACAACUUAAUGGAUACUCAAAGGCUACUCAUAGCCAAUGGAGCGCUCAAAAACUUUGACCUUCAAAACAACAAACUAGUUUCGGGGAACAUAGCGCUGCUAUCAAGUUCAAGCCCGUGUGAUCGGAAGAUAGCGGAUUGCAUUUUAUUUCACAACAAGCUAACAGAGACAAUGCCUGGGGAGCUCAAAUGCUCAGAUCCUAAACUAGCAAAUGCUAGCACAAUUGAGGGCUUGAAAUUGGUGGAAAGCAUGAAAUUGAACAAGGCAGCUGACAUGGAUGCUAAGAUAGCAGAGCCAUUAGUGAGCACAAACAGUUCAUUCAGAGAUCACUGUUUUAGUCUUGAGUCCAGGGAAGAGUUUGGAUUUCUUGUGAAACCCGACUUCCUGGUUCUGUCUGUGUCCUUACUGUUUCUGGCAUAUGGCUGCAGCGCUCCAGUAGUUUACCUGGUUCCUUAUGCCCUCAGCAUGGGGUUGGAGCCCCAGCAGGCUGCUUUCCUCAUGUCCAUAUUUGGAGUCAGUGGCAUUGUGGGUAACAUCACCUUUGGAUGGAUCACGGACAGGAAGUGUCUGAAGAGGUAUCGCAUGCUGAGCUACAUGAUAGCGAUAGGCAUGGAUGGCCUUUGCUGCAUGUUCAUCCACCUUCUUUGGUCCUUCCCCCUCCUUGUCCCAUAUUCUGUACUCUAUGGGUACUUUGACGGGGCGUACGUGGCGCUUAUCCCAGUGGUGACUUCUGAUGUUGCAGGCUCCACCUACUUGACCUCCGCUCUGGGUGUUGUCUUUUUCCUGCAUGGCAUCCCCUACCUGAUUAGCCCACCCAUAGGAGGUUGGUUAGUAGACAGGACGGGAAAUUACAAGGCAACCUUCUUUCUCAGCGGGACUUGCUUCAUGUUCAGCUCUGUGGUUCUAGGAGCUGCCAUGCUCGUCAGACGCUGCCAGACGUCCAAGUCUAACUCAGCUGCACAUUCAAAUCCCAAUCCCACUGCUGCUGCAGCUCAGCAGGGCAUCAUAUGACAAUACAAUCAAGAUGCUGCUCCUCCAACUGCACGGACGUGCACCUUACCACUGCUGGUUUGUUCAGGUGCUAUUUUGAUAUGCAUUAUUAUUCAUUCAUUAAUAUUAUUAUCAAUGACAUCAUAUAUAUAAUUUUUCAUGAUGAGGCAUUAGGAGUUUUCAGUUUGUUGUUUGAUGUGGAUCUUUUGUUUUGUAAAACUAAAGGGCAUUCGUACCUCACCGACGCCAAAACUUGAAAGCACUUUGCUAUUAACAUUCACCGUCUUUGAUGAAGUUUCCAGUUAUAUUGAGAUCUACACUCUGAUUUCAUACAGAUUCUAAACCGUAAAGUAUUCAAAAAAUAGGGGUUAUGUUAGCGAUGACCCCAAUGUGUCAUCCAACCAUGAUUUCAGAUUACCCCAAAAAACAAAUUGUUUAAUGGUUUUACUCCACAAUUCAGUACUACAGUUUACAUUCUUUUCAUAUGUUUUCAACAAGUAUUUUUAAUUUGCAACUGGAAGAAAAUCACUGGUUUUGCUUUACCUGAAAUGUAAUGAUGAUGGCUAGAUAUGCUCAGUUCACUAUAAACUUAUAAAGAAUCAUGAACUACCAGUAGUAGAUAUUUCUUACUAAGUAUGCUUGAUUGUAUUAAUGUGAAAACAAAUAAUAAUUUGAAUACCUCAGAUUACAUAAACUUUAUUUGUAAGAAUAUAAAACUGUAUUUUAGCCUGCACUGGAGCUGGUCUCUAAAGGAAUCAAUAUUUGGAAAAAGUCAUAUUCAUACUGUGAUUAGUGAUAUAUUUGUUGAAAGACAAUAGAAGAAAUCUUGUUUGAAAAAAAUGUAGGUUACUUUAUCAACAAUUUUCCCAAGAAACUGAAAAUCUUACACAUUCUUUAGACUUGAAUUUUGUUAAUGUGUUGUGUUGUGUUUUGUGUCAAUAUUCACCUUGCCUUUUAAUAUGCUGUAUAUCUCUAUAUAUUAAUGUUAUUAUUUACGGCAACAAAUAUCAAAACAUGUGAGACAUUUCAAGCCAAGACAAUGUGCUGAGUUCUGGGCCUGAGACUGCACAAGAAAACCGUCCUUACAGUAUCAUGUAACAUCUAUUUUGUCCAAUAUUCAGACCUACCAACCCUUACUCCACAAAUGGUAACAGGGGGUUAAGGUAAGCUUAAUCAAUUUGUAUUUUUCUAAAACUGGUGCUCAUAUUUAGCCAUUUGUGGUAAACUUGUAAGACUAGUGUGUGGUUUACAAUGACCAAUAACCUCUUUGACUAUGAGUACCCAUAU